GCAAAAAUUGAAGAUAAGCAUCGACUUUAGAUAACGAGGUCUGAAGUUGAACCAAUGGAUUGUACAGCUGCAAGAAAGACUCAAAAGGCUGAUCGAGAAAAAUUAAGGAGGGAUCGACUUAAUGAACAGUUUGUAGAGCUGGGUAACAUCCUAGACCCUGAUAGGCCAAAAAAUGACAAAGCAACUAUUAUAGGUGAUACAAUUCAAUUGCUAAAGGAUCUUACUUCACAAGUUAGUAAACUCAAAGAUGAAUAUGCUACGCUAAAUGAAGAAUCUCGUGAGUUGGCUCAGGAGAAAAAUGAUCUCAGAGAAGAGAAAGCUUCUCUUAAAUCAGAUAUUGAGAACUUGAAUAAUCAGUAUCAGCAGCAAAUCAGAACUAUGUAUCCUUGGACUGCAAUGGAUCAUUCAGUUAUGAUGGCUCCACCAUCAUAUCCGUAUCCAGUGCCAAUGCCAGUACCUCCUGGUCCGAUUCCCAUGCAGCCAUACCCCUACUAUGCUAAUCAACAUCCUGCAGUCAUCCCUAACCCAUGUUCAACAUUUGUUCCUUAUUUAGCCCCCAAUACCCUUGUUGAACAGCAAUCCACCCAGUAUGUAUCCCCACCACUUCAUCCGGGUAGUCGGUCCCAGUCCCAUGUGUCAGGGAAACAAGACUCCAAAAACAAAUCAUCCAGGGAGAGCAAGGCUGGAAAAAGUGAGGAUUCUAAUGAUGUCACUACAGACCUCGAGUUGAAGACUCCUGGGUCUUCUGCAGAUCAGGAUUUAUCAUCCGGACAAAGAAAAUCUAGCAAGUUGUCAAGGAAGGAAAGCAUUUGCACAGAAGGGAGUUCGUUUGGUAGGUGUUCUUCAUCUCAAAGCGUUCAGGAUAGCUCAUCAAGUAGUGUAGCUGCCAGCAGAAAGCCUAAUGAAUGAGAAGGCACACAAUUUUAGACAAGUGCUUAUGCCUUUAGAAACCACUUUGAAGUUUCUGUUAUCUUGAGGUAUAAGUCAUUUCUGUCCAAAAAAAAAAAAAAAGUCACAUCUGUUAUCUUUUCCUGACUAGGAAUUUAGUCUAAGUAGGUUUAAAUACCACAUAAUUUAAUCAUAAACUUUUCCUUGUUGUGAAAAGCUUGGCAGGUUUAAUUGUUAAUGUUCCCGUUUCUUGUAAAAAAUAGAAAUUGCAGUUGGAAAAUCUUCAAGCUGACCAGUAUGGCUAAUGUGUAGGUAUGUAAAUCCCUUCACCAUAAACUCUCCCAAAGGAUCAUGCCAAUCACUCUAUCUUUUCUGGACUCUAGAUAGUGCUAUUUAUUAGUUAAACCACG